AUGGCCAUUCAAUCGGCUAUACACGGAUAUCCAGCCAACACAGAUGCCGUAAGUUCCAGAAAGUAAAGAAAGUUGGAUGAAUUGUUAAAUUCUCAGGAAACUGAGCUCGUGCGGGUCCGACUCCAACGAGGUAUUAAACUUGGAAAACGAGAUCUGUUUGGUGUGAUUUCCCCUUACUGUGUUGUUCGAUUAGAGAAUGCCAACGGGGAUACCGUAGACGAAGUGCAAAUAGAGACCAAGAAAAAGGUUUGCAUUUGGUUACUCGCUACUUUAGAACAAUUUUCUCAGACACGGAAUCCCAUGUGGAACAGUGUGUUCACAUUUCGGUGCACGCACACUUGUCUGAUCAAAAUAUUAAUUUACGAUGAAAAUCGGCUGCGAAAAGACGUUCUAAUUGGUAUUGUGAGCAAACAGUUGGGAGAUGGGAAAAUAACUUACCUGGCGACGAAUCCCGAAGAAUAUCCUCUACAAAUGAGCGUUCCAUCAAAGGGAAAGUGAGUUUAUUUACUUUUCUCCAUACUUGCAACCGGUCGGUCGGAAUAUUUAUUUGAAGUCUGGUCGCGAGCGCUCAGGGGGUAAGCCUUUUUGUGAUUUUCAUUUCCAAAAAAUGUGAUUUUCCCAAAUACGUUUUCCGGCUCGAGCUACUUAACUGAUUUAAACGAACAGUUGUUUCCAGAAACAUCGGCUCUCUGUUUUUGAGCUUCCAGUUCCUGCAGUCAUCAUCCGAAAACUCUCCCAGUGAGUCUUCCAACGAUCUACAGCAAGCGACAACUGAAAUGCCGCAAGGAUGGGAAGAACGGGAAGAUGGCAACGGUCGGACUCUCUAUGUGAAUCAUGCACUCAGAACCACACAGUUCACAAGACCAGAUGGGACCUCCAAGUGAACAAAAAUUCCUGUAUUCCUCUUUCAUCUCUCCCUUAUUCCAGUGAUAAUUCGAACGCUGUCACUGAGCAGUCUGUCAUCGAAGAAACACGUCGGCGCCGUGAUAAUUACGAACACCGCAGCCAGGUCACAGACGAGUCACCGGAUCCUUCUGUUGUCAGCAACGAAUUGACUGCAGUAAGCUGAUUAUAAAUUUAAAUUCCAUCGAAAUAGCCGAAACUGUUGAAAAAGAGGCCCGCUGCGCGGGCCGAGCUAUCGCUUGAAAGCGGCUACGCCGCUUGUUUCUUUUUUAUAACCGUUUGAAAGUUCACCUUUGAUUUCUUAAUUUCUCUGUCACAAUUUUUCGUUUUAGAAAUGAGAAAGUGUCUGGACAAACGUAGAAAGAAAGAAAGAAACGGACAGACCCCGCUAGCUUUUUAUCAGAUAAGAAUGAUGAUCAUCAUUCUUAUUUAAUAAAAAGCUAACGGGGUCUGUCCCUCUGUUUAUUUUUUUUCUUGGUUUGUCCGGAGAAAUUAAGAAAUGAACACGUGAACUUUCAAACGGAGGCUACCCCGAAUCAGAACUGUCCCGUAUCAGAACUGUGCCGAAUCAGAACUGUUCGAAUCAGGACUGUCCCGAAUCAGAACUGUCCCGGAGCAGAACUGUGCCGAAUCAGAACUGUUCGAAUCAUGACUGUCCCGAAUCAUGACUGUCCCGAAUCAGAACUGUCCCGGAUCAGAACCGAUCGGCAGGUGGUUCUUGUUACAUGAAGUUAUGUUUUGACCGGUUCUGAUCCGGGACAGUUCUGAUUCAAACGGUUCUGAUUCGGGGUAGCCUCAAGGUUUCAGAACUAUUUUCUUUGAAAAAUGAAAAAGUAACCAGGCAAAAAGAGAAAAAAAGAAAGAAAUGGACGGACUCCGCUCAGGUAAAUCGUUUCUAAUCUAGCUAGCUAAUACACGUUUCUAACCGGACCUAGUUAGAUUGCUAAUUUACUUUGAUUAGAUUGCAAAUUCGUCUAACCAGACUGAAAAAUUUUCUAAUUUGAUGGGCGCAGCUAAUUAGAGUGCAAAAAAACUGAUAUUAGAUUCAAAAUUUAGCCAAUUAAAUUAAAAUUUCGGGCAAACCUAGCUAGAUUAUGUUUAGAUUGCAAAAUCAGCUAGCUAGAUUCAGAAAUCGUUAGCAAUCUAACUUGGUCCGGUUAGAAACGAGAACUAGCUAGUUAGAUUAGAAACGAUUUGCCUGAGCGUUAGGUUUUGAACAUUAUUUUUUAUUAACAAGAAUGAUAGUGCUUCGUAAAACUUCGAACUGUAGUAUCGAAACAUGCAUCUCGAAAGGUGGGAUCAAGAACAAAAACAGAAUUUUUAGAGUGUUCACAAUUUCUUUAUCAGCAUUGUGGUCUGGCUCUAACUUGCCAGUAUUGUGCAGUAGCUAUGUAGUUGUACAAAUAUUUGAGGCAGUCGAAAAGUGAAGGUCUAUUGCUAGCAUCAUGCUCCGUAGUUCGUCUCACGCGGGUGUCUCAAGCCGGUUUUCAUUCUUUUCCUGCUCUCUGCGCAUUGUUCUCCCGUUUCCCACUUUUCACUAACAAAGCCGAAUAUGAAUUUUAGUCUCAAACCUGAUACUUGAAAUUAUGAAAUUCUCUGUGAAUUUGUUCUGAAUUCCCAAAAGUUUUCGUACUUCAAGUACAUAAGCCUAUUUGAAAAGCAAGGAUUUGCCACUGAAUUGUUGAGGCGCAUAAUGUAAUGUGUUGUACUUUCUGAAAGUUCAAACUGCCUUGGGCAGUGACUCCGCCACUUUUUGCUUUUUGUCUUUUUCUUUUCCAAAAAGGCAAUUUUCUAGCUUUUGUGCUAAGUUUUCAUUUUGCUGCUACAUCGAUAGCUAUCAGAUGACAAUUCCCACUAAGUUGAUUCUCGAAACAUUCUGAUGAAAAAUUUUCAGAUCGACAACGCGAUGCGUGCCAACUUCGAACAGGCUGGGAAUGACGAGGAUGAAGACGAAGUGAGAUUACCUGACGGCUGGGAUAUGCAGGUGGCUCCGAACGGACGGACGUUUUUCAUUGAUCACCGCACGAAAACCACUACGUGGACUGAUCCGAGAACUGGAAUCGCAGCCAGAAUGCCGAUGCGAGGAAAGACAGAUGAUGAAAUUGGAGCUCUACCACCAGGAUGGGAACAGAGAGUUCAUGUAGAUGGCCGCGUCUUCUUCAUAGAUCACAACAGAAGACGUACACAGUGGGAAGAUCCCAGAUUCGAAAAUGAAAGCAUUGCGGGACCAGCAGUACCGUAUUCUCGAGAUUAUAAGAGAAAGGUUCUUAGAAACAUCCUGUUAUGAGGUUAUUCAUAGGAUGUUUUUUACAUUGCUGAAAUAAGUUUUUGACAUAAAAACAAAAAAACAUGCGCUGAAUAACCUCAUAGUAAUAAAUAGUAGCAAUGUUUUUAGGUGGAAUACCUUCGAUCCCGUCUACCGAAACCGAACAGCAGUAGCGGGAAGUGUGACAUGGUUGUUCAUCGUGACACUCUGUUCGAGGAUUCUUAUAGACAUAUUAUGGACAAGGUUUCGUCUUUCUUGAAAAAAAACUGUCAUUAUUUCGUUCAGAAGGACUAUGACCUCAGAAACAAACUUUGGAUUGAGUUCUUUGGUGAAACAGGAUUGGAUUACGGUGGUGUGACCAGAGAAUGGUUCUUCCUUCUCUCUCACCAAAUUUUUAAUCCUUACUACGGACUUUUCGAGUACUCGGCUACGUAAGGUUGAUCGUCAUAUCUUCUAUUUGGUUAUUUUUCUCAGGGAUAACUAUACACUUCAAAUCAAUCCGCACUCGGAAGCAUGCAAUCCUGAGCAUCUUUCUUAUUUCCACUUCAUUGGCCGCAUAAUCGGAAUGGCCAUCUACCACGGCAAGCUUCUAGACGCUUUUUUCAUUCGGCCUUUCUACAAAAUGAUGCUGGGCAAAAAAAUUACGUUGUUUGACAUGGAAUCUGUGGAUAACGCUUACUACAACUCGCUCAUUUAUGUGAAAGAUAAUGAUCCAGCAGAUCUGGAGUUGACAUUCACCCUGGACGACUCCAUUUUCGGAGAAACUCAAACUGUUGAGCUGGUACCAAGUGGUGCGGUUAUUCCGGUCACUGAGGAUAAUAAAGAGGAGUACAUAGAAGCCGUCAUUAGCUGGAGAUUUGUAAAUCGCAUCGAAGCACAGAUGAAUCACAUAUUGAAAGGAAUUCAAGAAGUUUGUAGACUCAAACGCCUUUAUCUACUCAUAAUAGUAAUUUGUAGGUUGUGCCUUCAAAUCUUUUGCGACUUUUUGAUGCAAACGAACUUGAACUGCUGAUGUGCGGUCUCCAGAAAAUUGACGUGAAAGAUUGGAAAGCAAAUACAAUUUAUAAAGGCGGCUAUGGUCCUAGCAGUCAGGUCGUCCAUAACUUCUGGAAGUGCAUUUUAUCGUUUGAUAAUGAAAUGCGCGCUAGAGUUCUUCAAUUCGUUUCUGGAACAUCGAGAGUUCCAAUGAACGGGUUCCGAGAACUUUAUGGAUCCAAUGGACUACAGAAGUUUACUAUUGAACGCUGGGGAAGCCCUGAUAUGCUGCCUCGAGCUCACACUUGGUGUGUUUUCGGAGACGAGAAAUGAUCCAUUGUUAUCUUUUUCAGCUUCAAUCGCCUCGAUCUCCCGCCUUACACGACUUUCAAAGAGCUCAAAUCGAAACUUCUGACAGCUAUCGAAAAUUCGGAAAUCUUCUCCGGUGUUGAUUGA